CUCAAACGCGGCGGGGGCUGGGACCGCCAGUCAUUCUCCGUGCGAGGGCCGGGGCGGGAGGCAGGCGGGACCCAGCCCCGCCGCCAGCCCCACUUUUGUGGUGCCGCUGCCGUCGCGGUCUCCCCUUUCUCCGCGGGGCUGGCCGCGGGGCGGGCGAUGCUCCAGGCUCCCUGAGCCGCCGCACCGCGUCCCCGGCCGAGGUGCCCCGCGGAGCGGCGCGGUCGCGCGGCGGCUCCCCGGUCUGCCCCGUGUCCCCCUCCCCGCUGUCCCCACGCCGCGCGGAGGUCGCGCAGGAUGCCGCGGAGGGGAGCGGAGGCGCCGCUGGCCCUGCUGCUGGCGGCGGCGUGGCUGGCGCAGCCCCUGCGCGGCGGCUACCACGGCGUGAACAUGUUCGCCGUGCAGAACGCCCAGCCCGACCCCUGCUACGACGAGCACGGGCUGCCCCGCCGCUGCAUCCCCGACUUCGUCAACUCGGCCUUCGGGAAGGAGGUGAAGGUGUCCAGCACCUGCGGGAAGCCGCCGUCGCGGUACUGCGUGGUGACGGAGAAGGGCGAGGAGCAGGUCCGCACCUGCCACCUCUGCAACGCCUCCGACCCCAAGCGCGCCCACCCGCCCUCCUUCCUCACCGACCUCAACAACCCGCACAACCUGACCUGCUGGCAGUCCGACAGCUACGUCCAGUACCCCCACAACGUCACCCUCACCCUCUCCCUCGGCAAGAAAUUCGAGGUGACCUACGUCAGCCUGCAGUUCUGCUCGCCGCGCCCCGAGUCCAUGGCCAUCCACAAGUCCAUGGACUACGGCAAGACCUGGGUGCCUUUCCAGUUCUACUCCACGCAGUGCCGCAAGAUGUACAACAAGCCGAGCCGCGCCGCCAUCACGAAGCAGAACGAGCAGGAGGCGGUGUGCACCGACUCGCACACCGACGUGCGGCCCCUCUCCGGCGGCCUCAUCGCCUUCAGCACCCUGGACGGCCGCCCCACCGCCCACGACUUCGACAACUCGCCCGUGCUGCAGGACUGGGUGACGGCCACCGACAUCAGGGUGACCUUCAGCCGCCUGCACACCUUCGGCGACGAGAGCGAGGACGACUCCGAGCUGGCCCGCGACUCCUACUUCUACGCCGUGUCCGACCUGCAGGUCGGCGGGCGCUGCAAGUGCAACGGGCACGCGUCGCGCUGCGUGCGGGACCGCGACGACAGCUUGGUGUGCGACUGCAAGCACAACACGGCCGGCCCCGAGUGCGACCGCUGCAAGCCCUUCCACUACGACCGGCCCUGGCAGCGAGCGACGGCCCGGGAGGCCAACGAGUGCGUGGCCUGCAACUGCAACCUGCACGCUCGGCGCUGCCGCUUCAACAUGGAGCUGUUCAAGCUGUCGGGGCGCAAGAGCGGCGGCGUGUGCCUCAACUGCCGGCACAACACGGCGGGCAGGCACUGCCACUACUGCAAGGAGGGCUUCUACCGCGACCUCAGCAAGCCCAUCUCGCACCGCAAGGCCUGCAAAGAGUGCGACUGUCACCCGGUGGGUGCCGCCGGCCAGACCUGCAACCAGACCACGGGCCAGUGUCCCUGCAAGGACGGUGUCACCGGCAUCACCUGCAACCGCUGCGCCAAGGGCUACCAGCAGAGCCGCUCCCCCAUCGCCCCCUGCAUAAAGAUCCCGGCUGCUCCGCCCACCACGGCCGCCAGCAGCGCCGAGGAGCCCGCAGACUGUGACUCGUACUGCAAAGCCUCCAAGGGGAAGCUGAAGAUCAACAUGAAGAAGUACUGCAAGAAAGACUAUGCUGUCCAGAUCCACAUCCUGAAAGCAGAAAAAAACGCAGACUGGUGGAAGUUCACGGUGAACAUCAUCUCUGUCUACAAACAAGGCAGCAACCGCAUCCGGCGUGGAGACCAGACCCUGUGGAUCCACUCCAAGGACAUAGCCUGCAAGUGCCCCAAAAUCAAGCCCAUGAAGAAGUAUUUGCUGCUGGGCAACAACGAGGACUCUCCUGACCAGAGCGGCAUCAUUGCGGACAAAACCAGCCUGGUGAUCCAGUGGCGGGACACGUGGGCCCGGCGGCUCCGGAAGUUCCAGCAGCGGGAGAAGAAGGGGAAGUGUAAGAAAGCCUAAAGGAGGAGGAGAGGGAGAGACUGACUGUGCAUGCUGCUUUGUGUAGAGCUGGGGUGGGCAGGGACCGGCUGCCAGGGCGGGCUGGGGGACAGGGGGACAGCAACCAUGGCUGGGGGGGUGCUGGGCUUGCAUCUCGUAUUCCAGGGAAGACAAGACCCAACAGGACCAAACAGGACCAACAGAAUCCAAUAGAACCCAACAGGAUCCAACAAAACCCAACAGGACCCAGCAAAAUCCAAUGGAACCCAACAGGAUCCAAGAAAACCCAACAGGACCGAAGAAAACCCAAGAAAACCCAACAGAACCUGAUCACACACGCGGACAGAACCCACGAGUGGGGUGCGGGUGUGCAGCCCCUGGGCCCCCCAGCUCCCUCCUGCCCUGUUGCUGAAGAACUCAGAGACACCAAACUGCCUUCCAGCUGCCAACAUCUGCUGCCUCCAAAGCACAGCAUGGGCAAUCCACCCCGUAAGAAACUAAUCAACAGCACCGCUGGAAAUUAACUCCCCAUCCCCAAAAUACGUAUUUGCAACUUAGGCUGACUGAGACAGUUCUUGUAGAGGAAACUAAACCGAGACUUUUGCUGAGGACAGAUCCGAGGAUCGGCGGAGGGCUUUGGAAUCCGACAGCCGUGGCCACCACCCGCUGAUGGUGCCGGGGGCGGCCGAGGUCUCCAGCUGUGAUGAUGCUCUGGGUCCACUUUAGGCACAGCCAAGAGGGGACAAUGUUGGUGGGUGACUUCCUGCUGUGCAUAACUGUGGGAAUGGCUCUGUGCUCAGCCCCUGACCCUGAGGAUGCUGCCUCCACCACACUGAAGGAGUGAGCCCACAGAAUGCCCUGUCCCCCUCCAGCCACCCAUUUACAGGCAAGGAGUCAAUAACCAGGAUCCCCAAGGAAACACCCAGACCUGACAAAAAAUGAGUUGGCAUCCAGUUCCCAUGAAGUACCCUGGAAGAUCCUGCCAAUCUCAAUUCCUGAAUCUCCAGUGUGGCCACCCCUGAACCUCCUCCAUGGCCUCAGUCCCCUCUGCUGCUGUCAGCACACCAGGAACCCUUGGAUGGUAAAAAAUCCCUGCAGGUGACACCGAGGUCCUGGCUGGUCUCAUUCCCAGACUCGGGCAGCUCUCCCAAACCCGCAGCAGCUCUGUCCUCACUCCCUCUGGAGCUGCAGCCCCGUGAGAUCCCUGGAAAAGGUUGUGGAGACAAAGUGGGGAGCAGAGGGUGCCCCAUGGGCAGUGGGGCCAGUGCAGAGCUCUGAAGCUUGGCUGGGGUAGAGCCCACACAGGGCAGGGACCAGCUCAGGGAAGGGGUCUCAGCCAGGAGCAAAGUGUGACCCACCUGGAGCUCUCCUUCUGCUGGCGGGGGGCGCAAACAGCCAAUUGAAAAUUCCCAAUUUCCAAUCAUUAAUGCACUGAGCACAGUGGAGGCUGCCUCACAUCAGACUGGAGCACCUUCCCCCUGGGGCACCCUGUGGGCAGGACUGGCUCUGGAGCUGGCACCCCCAUGCCAGGGUGCUCCCCUGCCCAAGGGGAAUGGGGAUAUCCAGUUGUACCUCAUCUGUGGGGACAGGAAUAGCCAGGGCAGGAAGGCAGCGAGAGCAGGACACUACCUGGAGGAGAAGCAAACAUUUGUCGCUAUGAAAAGCAAAACCUCCCUGAUAUUUUUCCUUUUAGGAAACUUGGAAACAUCCCUUUUAUGACAUUUUCCAGUGCUUUUGCCUUGUUUUAUAGCAAUUGACAAUAUUUAUAUAAUGACAUAAACCACCAUAAAGCAGGGCAGCCAUGUAAAUAGGUGCAAAGAGGAGGCUCCCAGGGCUGCUGGAAUCACCACCGUGAGGGACCCAGCUCUGCUGAGCCUCCCCUGCCACCACAGGCUCCCAAAAUUAAUCUGGGUAUUAGGAGAAAAAUCUCACCCUGGACAUCAAGCAACACCCCCCCCCCUCCAAGUCUGUGUUUUCUCCCCUUCCCCAAAUUGGACUUGGUUUUCCUUAUCUUGGAGCUCAAGGAGAGCUGAUGGUUUUGCAGCCAAGGGAAAUUGAAGCCAUCAGGUUCUGAAGGAUAAAAUCUGACCUCAAGUGUCUAAAUAGAGGCUUAAAACCCCAAAACUGCUCUCCUGCAGCCACCAUCAGCUGCUGCCAGGGAACACCAAAGCUGGGGACAGCACAUCCCUAGGGAACUGGGAUGCCCCCAACCUUUCAAUGGUGCCUGAAAGUCACAGAAUCCAACCCAAAGCCAGUGCUGCACAUGGAGAGCAGGAAGGAAAGGCCAGGGGGACUUGGGAACUGCCCACAGCACACCUGCACACCCAAUGCUCACUCUGUUUCCAGCCUUGUCAAGCACAGCCGCCCUCCCCAGCACAGCCUGGAUACCCCAAACCCCCAGGGACACCCUCCAGCCCCUUCCCUGCUCCCACUGGUCUUGGAGGCUGCAGAAGAACCCCCACCCCUCAUGCCACGGCCAGACCCCUCCAGGCACUGACACAGCCUGGGGACUCACAAGGGAAUGGGUUGGCACAACACCUGGAUCCUGGCACAGGAGGGCAGUGCCCAGCCCUGUCCGACCAGGACCUGUCCCUCCAUCCCUGCUGGAGUUUUGUUCUUUCCACUGAGAGCAGGCAACCCCCCUCCCUCCAUCCACGUUCCCAGAGCCCUUCAUGUGCUCCCAGUGACCCUCACCUGCAGAGCUACUGCUGGGACUGGUGCAACUGGAACAGCCUCUGCUGGGAGGGCAGAGCAGCCCCAUUUCAGGGCCCAGAGGUGCAGCUCUUCCCUGCAGCCACCCCUGCUCUGGGACAUCUCCAGGAGGACCCCUCUGCCUGGCCACCCAGAGGGACAGGCUGUGCCCCUCAACCCCACACGGCAGCUCUGGGGACCAACCCCGUUCUAGCAGCAAAGGACCCAGCGCCCGCCCAUCGCCCUGGGGACAGCAUUGGGGCCCUGAAGACAGUGGGGUGGCCGGGGAGGGGCUGUGGUGCCUUCAGAGAGGCUUCGGAGAGCAGCUGAAAUGCCAAAACAAUCAUCACUGACCAUAGCACCUGACAGAAGUCGCUUGGUCUCGUUUCUGUUCGUUCUGUUGUGUCCGUGCCCCCUCCCCAUCCCUGCCUCAUCCCCUCACAAACCUGUGUUCGUUUUGGGGUUGUUUUGUUGUUGUUGUUGAUUUUUUUUAUUAUUUCUGUUAAUAUCUUGAACUGUAAAUGUUGUUUAGUUAUGACCAUGGCAGACUGCUUUGGGCGAUGUUUCUUUACAAUGCAUACUAAUAUAUUAUGGUUAUUAUAUAUGAAUAUAUUUAAUGACACGUGAAAAAGUUGUGGAUUUUCUUAUUGUUUUUCCAAGUUGUUUCUUUUUUUCCCUUUUUUUUUUUUUUUUUUUGUCCCCUUUUGUUUGUUUGUUCUUUAGAUUGGCUGUAAUUGACCCGAAGGAGCUUGUAACUGUUCAGCACCCCCUCGGUAGAACUAAAGUCAGAAACCAGUUGAAUAAACUCUUGUAAACUGUAAAAAUCUCCAGGAAUUUCUGCUUUUUUUCCCACCCCAUUGCUUGGUGAGCCUGUGGGACAAGGACCUGGGCAAGGAAACAAUGGUGUUUCCUCCACCCCUGGGUCUGUCAGCGUCCUCUUGGCAGGGCUGAGGUGGCACAACUAUUUCUGACUGGCAGUGCCAGCCCUGUCCCUGCCCAGCACCCUCAGGCAAUGGCCACGUGGCCUUGGGGACAGCGGGGUCACCAUGGGUGGGUGGCAUGGGGGGGUCCCCACCAGCCCCUGUGGGCUCAGCUGUGCCCAGCAGUGAGACCCUGCCCAGAGCUCAGGGACAGCCAAAGUUUGGAGUCAGGAAAGCUGUCAGCCCCACUCUGGACCGGUUUCUGUCCCAUCCAGAGGCUGCUCCGCAGUGCUGGCCCUUCCUGCCCAUCCUCUGCAGGCUCAGGGCUCCAUCAGCUCCAUCCCAGCACUGACAGGGCCAGCACUGCUGGAGCUGAGCCCGGGCAAGGGCUGGUGGUACCCACAGCAUGGAGAGCUGGAGGCAGAGGGAACUGAGGCAGCAAAACACUUCCAGGGACAAAAAUCCAGGCAAAAGGAUCCCCAAGUGCUGGGGGUCAGCCCAGCUGACCUGAGCCUUCAGCAGUGCUGGGAAUUUAUGAAUCCAAAAACAUCCCAGGGGGAGGAAAUCUCAGAUCUUUAUUGCUGAGACAAAUGGGUCACAAGUGCCAGCCCUCUGCUUCGAGGGGCAAAUGGGCUUCCCAGAUUGCAGGUGGCCACUUGUCCAAAGGUGACAUGGUGGCUCUGGAAAGAGGGGGAUGAGGCUUUUCCCACGGAGGGCUGGGCCUGCAGUGGUUUUCCCAGCCUCGUCCCACCAGGCAGUGUGGGAGAGGAGCCAUCCACACACUGAGCUCACACCAGGAAUCAGGGAAUGUGAAAAUGCCCAGCAGCCUUCCAAGAUGAUCCCUGUUCUCAUGCAGGAGGUGGGGAUUUCUCCCAGGGCACUGGAACAUCCUGGAGCACACACCAGACCUGCUCCCAGCACCGGGAUUUUUGAUAAAACUACAGCUGGAAGCAGCUGAGCACAUCUUUCAGGAGAGAAAUGGAGGAGGUGACAGGGAAGGCGAAGCCUGGGAUGUCUCUGGGAACAUUCCAGGAAGAUCUUUGCUUGGAGAAACCA